AUGCACGAUAUAAUCGGCCCCCUAUCGCCUUUUUUCAAAUGCUUUCUUUUUUUUGUAGUUGUGGCCUUCAUUGUUGCUUACAACCAGAACAAGCAGCUGAUUGGGGAGAACGGCCUGAUGCCCUGCAAGAGCUACCUGAACAGUGUCAAACGCUACGUAGGUGGAAAGAUCGGCACAGCGGCCUUAGCCUACACCCCUUCCAUCCUCUGGUUCUUAGAUUGGAGCAGCAUGGACACCAACCUGGAUUGCAUUGCCUUGCUGGGGAUGGCGCUGUCAGGGUUUGUCCUGGUGACAGGAACGGCCAAUAUGCUCAUCAUGGGGACGCUCUGGGUGCUUUACCACUCUCUGGUCAGCGUAGGACAGCUGUGGUACUCGUUUGGCUGGGAGAGCCAGCUGCUGGAGACAGGAUUUCUGGCCAUUUUCCUGUGUCCGGUGUGGACCCUGUCCCAGGUUCCCCAUAACUGUCCCCCCUCCCUCAUCUGCAUCUGGACCUUCAGGUGGCUCAUCGUUCGCAUCAUGCUAGGAGCUGGUCUCAUUAAAAUCAGAGGAGACAAGUGUUGGAGAGACCUGACCUGCAUGGACUACCACUAUGAGACCCAGCCGGUACCAAACCCCAUGUCCUACUACAUGCACCGCUCUCCCUGGUGGUUCCACCGCUUCGAGACACUAUCCAACCACUUCAUCGAGCUCAUCGCUCCCUUCUUCACCUUCCUUGGAAGACGCAUGUGUUCGUUUAACGGAGCAAUCCAGAUUCUUUUUCAGGUGGUUUUGAUCAUCAGUGGGAACCUCAGUUUUCUUAACUGGCUGACCAUUGUCCCUAGUUUGGCGUGCUUUGAUGAUGCAUCGCUGAGCUUUCUCUUUCGCUUCGGCUCUGGAGCUAAAAAAGCAGUGAUGGAGAUCCAGAGGAAGGAGGCGACCGGAAAAGCCCCCAAACCCUCAAAAGGAAUGCUGGUCCGCCGGGUGGUGAACAUUUCUUUGGGGGUUCUCAUUGGCUGCCUGAGUGUCCCAGUGGUAAUCAACCUGUUGAGCCCCAGGCAGGUGAUGAACACGUCCUUCGACCCGCUGAGGAUCGUCAACACCUACGGUGCGUUUGGCAGCUCAUCGAUGACCUAUGAGCAGAGCGAGUGGAUCAUCCACAUAGCAGGACGCCUGCUGUCCAAUGACAGCACUGUCCUCUCACUGCUCGACUACAACCCGUUCCAAGGCAGAGAGCCCCCCAGAUGGGUUCGAGGGGAACACUUCAGGUAUAAGUUCACACAACCGGGCAGUGCCAGCGCAGCGCAGGGCAAGUGGUGGCUGAGAAAACGCAUCGGAGCUUAUUUCCCUGCUGUGGACCUGGAAGGACUCAGAGGCUUCUUCCAGUCCAGGAACUGGCCUCACCCACAUAUCCCAUCAAAGAGGAGCUGAAGCCACAAGGGAUAAGACAGACUGAGACACGGGUCUUCACUGUAAAGCGGUUUUAACUGUUUGGAGCCACAGUUACACUAUUUGCUGAUGACAUCACAUAGACCAAGAACUGCUGAAUUAAACCUUCCCUCAUUAAAGACCUCAUGAUACCCAAACAAUGUGAAGGUUUUUAAGCUUACAGUUUGACAUGCAUUGCCUGCUGCUCUGAUCACUUGUGUUUCUAUGAAAAGAUCCUGAGGAAACACCUGAAAGUUAACAU